AAAGCUUCAUACAUUAAAAUAAGUAUUAUUCACAAAGAUGGAGUCGUUACCUUCUUUCCUAGUUUUCUUUUCACUCGCUAUGGUCGUUUUCAUCAUAGAGGCUAGACCAGAUUCAGGAGAAUGCUGGCAAAACUUAAUUGUUCAAAAGAGUGAAUACAGACGAAGUGCUACAGACUUUGAACCGAGGCCCAGUGCUAUAAGCUAUGUAACCGGUGUAAGUGACAAGAAAUCCUAUGAUACAAAAUUUGAACCAAGACCAAGUGCUACAAGCUAUGUAACCGGUCUAAAUGGUAAGAAAACUUUGAAUAUAGACUUUGAACCAAGACCAAGUGCAACAAGCUAUGUAACUAGUCUAAAUGGUAAGAAAACUUUUGACACGGGAUUUGAACCGAGACCAAGUGCUACAAACUAUGUAACCGGUCUAAAGGGUAAGAAAACUUUUAAUAUAGACUUUGAACCAAGACCAAGUGCUACAAGCUAUGUAACUGGUCAAAAUGGUAAGAAAACUUUUGAUACGGGAUUUGAACCGAGACCAAGUGCUACAAGUUAUGUAACUGGUCUAAAUGGUAAGAAACCAUUUGGCACAGAAUUUGAACCAAGACCAAGUGCUACAAGUUAUGUUGCUGAUCUAAAUGGUAAGAAAACUUUUGACACGGGAUUUGAACCGAGACCAAGUGCUACAAGCUAUGUAUCUGGUCUAAAUGGUAAGAAACCAUUUGGCACAGAAUUUGAACCAAGACCAAGUGCUACAAGUUAUGUUGCUGGUCUAAAUGGUAAGAAAACUUUUGACACGGGAUUUGAACCGAGACCAAGUGCUACAAGCUAUGUAACCGGUCUAAAUGGUAAGAAACCAUUUGACACAGAAUUUGAACCAAGACCAAGUGCUACAAGUUAUGUUGCUGGUAUAAAUGAUAAGAAAACUUUCAAUAUAGACUUUAAACCUAGACCCAAUGCCACAAGUUAUGUAGCUGGUCAAAAUGGCAUGAAAACUUUCGAUACAAACUUUGAGCCGAGAUCAAGUGCUACUGUUUACGAUAACAGAGUAAACACAAAAGACAAUGCACCUUUCGAUAAAGACUUGAAACCAAGACCAAGUGCUAUAAGUUAUGAUAUAUGAUGAAGAACUAAAAGCAAUACCAAGUGCAUAUCUAUGGGAUAUGAAGUUUAUAAGUUUGUCAUAAAAAUAAGCUUUAUUAUAAGCUUUUAUUAAAUGUAAUUCUAUUAUAAAGUGUGUUUGUUGUAU